AUGGUGAUCAAAAAAGUUAAAUUGGGAGGAUAUGGCCACACGGUUGAGAUUGACGAAUCAAAAUUUUGGCGUCGAAAACACCAUAGAGGUCACAGGGUUGAGGGACAGUGGGUAUUCGGGGGCUAUGAAAGGGAAACUGGCAAUGUUUUCAUGGUCCCGGUUGAAAAGCGUGACGCCACAACCCUACUACACGUCAUAAAAGAGUGGAUCAAGCCCAGAACAACCAUAAUCUCCGAUUGUUGGAAGGCUUACAACACCUUAAACAAUGAAGGCUAUGUCCACAUGACGGUCAACCAUAGCCUCCAUUUCAAGGACCCGGAAACUGGAGUGCACUCAAAUUCCAUUGAGACUUCCUGGAGACACCCCAAGGCAUCAAUGUCCAAUUAUUGCCGGAAAAAAAAAUUUUUCCCGGGAUACUUGGCCAAACACAUGUUUACCAAACACUGUCGGAUCUAA